GGAGGGAGCUGAUCUGGUGCAAGAAUCACGUUUUCAUUUUCAGGCUUGAGUAAGCGAGGGGCGAGGAAGUGAGUUGCAGUUGAGGGGCCGGGACAUUUGUUGCUCAGAGGCGGAAGACUUUGCCUCAGCACAGAGUUGAUGGAGUUUUCCGAGCACAUCAAAACCGCCAAUGUCGAGGAUGUGGUACUCCGGCAGCCGUUUCACCCACCGGCCAGAGGCACCCUGUGCAUCACCGGGCAUCACCUCCUGUUCUCGGACAGGGAGGAGGGCAGCUUCGGCCAGGUCCUCCUGCUCCUCAGGAACAUCGAUGCCAUUGAGAAAAGUGUGGAAAACCUUUUGGGCUAUUCGGGCCUCUUCUCUAAUGCACGCCAGAGUGAAAGGAUAUCUGGAUCCUCAGGGACCAUCACCAUCAAGUGUAAGGACCUGUGUGUGCUCCAGCUCGAUAUCCCAGGCAUGGAGCAGUGCCUCAACAUCGCCCACUCUAUUGAGAUUCUGUCCUCUCUGGACCAUGUGUCGGAGAUGUACCCCUUCUUUUACAGGCCUGCUCAUCUCAGCCUAGAGGACCAGUGGGGUCUCUCAACCCCCGAGAGGCACUACGCUCAAAUGGAAGAGCUGCAUGAGAAGUGGAGACUGAGCCAUGUGAACAGAGACUACUCCGUUUGUCCCUCCUACCCUCCCGCUGUCAUUGUCCCCAAGGCCAUCGAUGAUGACCAGCUGGCGAGGGUGGCCAAGUUCAGACAGGGAGGACGCUUCCCCGUGCUCUGCUACUACCACAGGAAGAACGGCAUGGUUAUCAUGCGCAGCAGUCAGCCGCUGCAAGGAGCCAAUAGGAAGCGCUGCAGGGAGGAUGAGUUAGUCCUCCAGGCUGUGAUGGACGGCUCCGACAAAGGUUACAUCAUCGACACCCGGUCCAGUCAACAGGCGCAGCAGGCCCGGAUGACAGGCGGGGGGUUUGAGUCCAAAUCCAGCUACAACUGCUGGAAGAGACUGCACAGACAGAUGGAAAGGGGUAAAGCCCUGCAGGAGAGUCUAAUCAAAUUGGUGGAGGCCUGUGGCGACCAGUCCCACAAUAUGGACCGCUGGCUCAGUAAGCUGGAGAACUCCAAGUGGCUGUCUCACGUCCAGACGGCGCUGUCGACUGCUGGCCUGCUGGCAGAGUGUGUGGAGAGGGACGGUCAUUCGGUCCUGGUUCAUGGCUCUGAGGGGACAGACUCCACUCUGCUGGUCAGCACUCUGGCUCAGCUCAUCAUGGACCCGUCCUGCCGCACACUAGAGGGCUUCCUCGCUCUGCUAGAGAGGGAGUGGGUGCAGGCGGGUCACCAGUUCCAGCUGCGAUGUGCCCACUCGGCCUACUCCCACGCGCGUCUCCAGCAGGAGGCGCCGAUGUUUCUGCUGCUGCUGGACUGUGUGUGGCAGCUCUGGCACCAGUUCCCCCUGGCGCUGGGCUUCAGUGAGGCGCUGCUGCUCAGGCUGGCCACAGAGGCCUACGCCUCCAACUACGGCACCUUCCUCUGUAACAGCGAUCAGGAGAGGUGUGCUGAAGGGGUCAAGGAGAAGACUCACUGUUUGUUCCAGGCCCUGCUGAGACCCAGGGAGAGGGACCGCUACUCCAACCCACUAUAUGAGCCCACAGAGCUGGCCAUCUGGCCCUCAGUCCACCCCCAGUCCCUGCAGCUCUGGAGAGGCUUUUUUCUGAGGUGGACGUCAGAGGCUCGUCACCUGGAGGAGGCCCAAGAGGAGAUAAGGAACAUGGUCAUUGAGUGGAGCAAGCUGACAUGCUGAUAAGGACCUUUUGUGAUACAUGGAUAAGUGAAGAUACAAUAUUUUGGAUCAUCAGCCUGAUGCAUUUUGGACACAUGAGGAUCAACAUAUUUCCACUGGCAUGAAUGCAGUAAUUGCAGGAUACCAUGAAGAUAAAGGCUGUUUUUUAGCCUAAGUGAAAUAUAAUUUAGAGCCUGGACCACUUAUCGACAUCGAUAAAUCAAUAAACAGGUGGAUUAUUAAUGAGUAAAACAUAUUGUUUUAUCACUAAUAUUUUUAUGGAUGAAUAAAUCUGAACGAUUGGUUU